AUGUCCACCCUCAAUGUUUCUGCGCAACUUAUCUCCGACGGAACCAAGAUUGCGCAAGCAGCUGUUUUCGAGGGUUCUAAGCUUGCAGUAACAUACGGCAAGCCCAUUAUGGAGAGCUCAACGGGUCUAGCUGCUCAGGCGGCCGAAUGGGCAUCUAAGAACCCGGUCUCAGCAGGCUCAAUUGCAGCCGGGCUUACCGUUGCUGUUGCCCCGGGAAUCGUGGUUACUCUGCCGCUUUCAGCUAUUGGGUUCACUGCUGGGGGAGUGCAGGCUGGCUCCCUUGCCGCCGGUGCACAUAGCGUACUUGGCAAUGUCGUCGCCGGAUCUUUGUUUGCCGUGCUGCAGAGUGCCGGGGCUGGAGGGGCGGGUCUCGCUGUGCUCAACGGAGCUGCACAGGUUGGGGGGUUAGCUGUGGGGGUUGGUAAUGCUGGUUGA